AGCUUUUCAUGAACUAUGGACACAUAGUGGUAUACAAUCAGAAGAAAACGACUGUAACUGUCUUUUGGAGAUUUUAAAAGAGUUGACAACAAAAAAUCUUGAUAACGAUAGAAAGCAAUAUCUUACACCAUUACAAGAUAUCGAUAAGAUACGAUAUAUAUGGAAAGAAUUAAAAUUAUUAGUAGAUGCAGACAUAAUUCGAUUCGAGAUUGAUGAACCUCCGAAUUGGAAAGAUCAUGCUAUAUCUAAUAUCAAUAAUUUAAAGGAUAGAUUACAGAAAGCAAACACAUCGAUACACGAACAUCUUGAGGAGAUGCAAGCCGUAGAUAUUAACGAUUUAACCUAUGAUAACCCAUUGGCUAACGGUAUAAUUGACCUCGGAUCUUCUCAAUAUCAAUUAAUGGAAGAUGACUACGAUGAUCUUGUGGGUGAGAAAGGUGGCAUAAGGAACUUAGAAAAAGGUGCAUUGAUAAAGGGAGUGUGUGCAGACUUUGUCAUAAAAAGAAAUGAAAUCCAGAACCAGUGUAAAUUCAUCAUUGCGCCUUCAGAAACAAGAAGACAUAAGGACUGGAUUGAGGGCGAAAACAACAGGGCGCAAAUAGCGAUAAAUAUAACAGAUACGCUUCUGCAAGAAACUAAAAGGAAUGCUCUUCGUAAAAUUUCUAAGUCUUCGGAGAAUGCUCUCGUAGACAUUAUAACACGUCUUGUAGAGGCGUCGAUAUAUCAAAUGCCAGUUGACUUUGACAUCGAAGUAACGAGAAAUGAUCGUCAAAGUGUCGCCAGCAAAAAACGAAAAAAUCGACAAGUGGCUGGCUCAAGAGGCAACAAACCAGACUUAAUGAUUCGCGCAUUUUUCAAACAAAAGUGGAAUGAACUCGCAUAUGUCGAAAGUGGGAAAUGGAAAUCGACAGAAACAAAAACCCUUGAUGAUCAUAACAAGCUAGCACGUUUAAGCUUAGACGGAUACACUGAUAUGUCAAAAAAGACUAAAAAGAACGAGCUGUAUAAAUUUUAUAUUAUGUUUGGUAUCAAUAUGACAGCCAAGCUGCCUUUUCAUAACGAAACGGUGAAUGAAGUUGAAGAAUUUGUACAUGCCUUACUGAUCUUGCGGAAUGGGAUUCUGGUGAAUCUUCAUGAAAUCAGCCAUAUUUUAUUGAAGAAAUCUAAGGCAACCACCAAGGAAGAUGCGCAUUCUUCUUCUGAAGAUACUACUAUUAAGACCCCAUAA